AUGGGUCACAAUUCCCAAGCUAACGCCCUUCAAAGAAGAGCAAGAUGCUGGGGUAUUUUUCGAAGGAGAUUUCCAAAUUGGUCUGAACCAGUCAGUGCUGCCAUGAAUAUUUCAUCCCACCAGCAGCAAGAAGGAGAUUCAGCAAUGAAUGAUGCCCACAUGGAUUCUGGAGUUAGAUACACUCCCUAUGUCAUCCCAUCCCAUCAUUGGAGAAGCAAUUUAUACAAACAAGACCAGACCCAUGGUAAUAUGGAGAGAGCACAAAAACCUCCAGAGCGAAGAACCGAGGGAAACAGGCAGAAUGGAACCUUAGGGAGCUGGUUCAAGAUCACAAUUCCAUUUGGCAUAAAAUAUGAAGAGAAGUGGCUGCUGAAUUUGAUUCAGAGCCAGUGCAGUCUCCCUUUUACUCCGGUUGAGUUUCACUAUGAGAAAAUGCAGGCCCAGUUCUUUGUUGAGAAUGCCAGCAUUGCCUUCGCGUUGAAGAAUAUUGGUGAUAAGAUUCGGGAUGAGGAUAAUGAAAAGAUAUCAAUCUUUGUCACUCCUUCUGAGGUACCCUGCUCUAUUAAGGAUCUACAGUCAGAAAAGGUAGAGCAAGUGAAGUUGACCAUGAACAAACAAUGUGAUACCUCCCAUCAAGCUCUUGACAUUCAGAGACCCCCUGUUGAACCAAACUUGAUGACCCAUGCUAUUGAAAUGGCACCGAAUCCUAGAAAGCACAUGGUUACUUCCUUGAAUAUUCCUGAAGAGAACAAACCCAAUGUGAAGUCUGCAGGAAAGAUGGACAGCGGGAAAGGGCUGGAACCAGAAGAGAUGUGUGCAGACAGAAACUCUCUGUGCACCACCUUCCUGGAUAAGUCCAACAACAUGAACUCCAUCCUGGAAUUGUUUCCCAAGUUAUUAUGUCUGGAUGGGCAGGAGUCACCUAGACCAACUCUAUGUGGCAUUGAAGCUCACAAGAAGUUACCAACUUGCAAGGGAAGUUUCUUUGGAUCUGACAUACUGAAGAAUCUGGUCCUACAGUUCCUACAGCAGUAUUACUUGAUCUAUGACUAUGGAGACCGAAAGAGUCUCCUGGGCACUUAUCAUAUUGAGGCCUGCUUCUCUCUGACCAUUCCAUUCAACCCCAAGGAUCCAGCCCUGAACAGCUUUUGUGAGUAUUUCAAGUAUAACAGGGAUAUAAAGAAGCUCAAGAAUUCCUACCAGUGGAAGCAACUGAAGCACACAAAACGUGACAUCUUGGAUACCCUCUGCGUGCUGCCCAAGACUCGGCAUGACCUCAGCUCCUUUGUGGUGGACAUGUGGUUCCAGACGGAAACAAUGCUCUGCUUCUCUGUGAAUGGUUUGUUCAAGGAAGUGGAAGGAAAGUCCCCGGGCUCUGUUCGUGCCUUCAUCAGAACCUUCAUCGCUAUUCCUGGAAGCAAUUCCAGCCUGUGCAUCAUCAAUGAUAAGCUGUUUGUGCGGGACACUAGCCCCCAGGGGAACCAGAGCCCCUUCUGCAUCCCUGUGGCCACAUAUUCCUCCACCUCUGUGCCUGCCCUCUCCCAGGAGCAGCAGGAAAUGGUACAGGCUUUCUCUGUCCGGUCUGGGAUGAACCUCAAGUGGUCUCAGAAAUACCUUGAAGAGAACCACUGGGACUACUUCAGAGCUACACAAGUUCUUUCUAUGCCCAAGGUAAAGGGCAUGGUCCCAGAGGAGACCCUCAAAAAGACUGAUCCUGAAUCUUAA